AGAAGCAAACACUGCGAUCAUCCGAAGCAAUCUCAAUCUCACCUGUCCAUAUCGCGCACGAAUUCGUAAAGUGCAAGCUAGAAACAUGUGUCACAUGUCGUGCUGAUCGUUCGAUCCACCACGGUGCGAGCGGUGAGUGUCGUGACGAAGCAAAGGCAGAGGCAGCAGCGGGAAACGGCGCCCCCCCGUGUGUCGAUCGGCUGUCUCGCCGAACAGGGCAAAUACGCCAACAAAAAACGGCCUCGUUUUCCCUUGCUCGCACGCACCGUGUCGCUCCCAGGCGACAAGCCGUGGCGCGACUCGCCGCCCCCCUGCGCCCCCUCGCCCCCGCGCGUCGCUUUCACGUCGCACCUCUAAAUACCACCACCCCGGACUCGGCGGCGAGCCCCCGCGCCAAGAACGAAAGGCGAGAGUGAGAGAGAUGGUGGAGAUCCCGGCGAUCGACCUGCGGCUGGCCGGCGGCGGCGGCGGCGCGGAGGAGACGGCGAGGCUGCGCGACGCGUGCGCGCGGCUGGGCUGCUUCCGGGUGUCGGGGCACGGCGUGCCGCCGGGGCUCCAGGCCGAGAUGAAGGCCGCGGUGCGCGCGCUCUUCGACCUCCCCGACGACGCCAAGCGCCGCAACGCCGACAUCAUCCCGGGCAGCGGCUACGUCCCGCCCGGCACAGCCAACCCGCUCUACGAGGCCUUCGGCCUCUGCGACGCCGCCGCCCCCGCCGACGUCGACGCCUUCUGCGCCCGCCUCGACGCGCCGCCCCACGUCAGGGAGACCGUGAAGGCGUACGCCGAGAGGAUGCACUCGCUGAUCGUGGACGUCGCCGGCAAGGUCGCCGCGAGCCUGGGGCUGCACGGCGCCUCGUUCCAGGACUGGCCGUGCCAGUUCCGCAUGAACAGGUACAACUACACGCAGGACUCCGUGGGCUCCCCCGGCGUGCAGGUCCACACGGACUCCGGCUUCCUCACCGUGCUCCAGGAGGACGAGUGCGUUGGCGGGCUCGAGGUGCUCGACCCCGCCGCCGGCGAGUUCGUCCCCGUCGACCCCCUCCCCGGCUCGUUCGUCGUCAACGUCGGCGACGUCGGCCAGGCGUGGAGCAACGGGAGGCUGCACAACGUGAAGCACAGGGUGCAGUGCGUGGCGGCGGUGCCGCGCGUGUCGAUCGCCAUGUUCCUGCUGGCGCCCAAGGACGACACGGUGAGCGCGCCGGGGGAGCUGGUGGACGGCGAGCACCCGCGCCGGUACAGGGAGUUCAAGUACGACGACUACCGGAGGCUCCGGCUGUCCACCGGCGAGCGCGCCGGCGAGGCGCUCGCGCGUCUGGCGGCCUGACACCUGGCCACGGUCCAUUGUCGCGACCGUUUAUUACGCGGAGUGCUCACUGCUGACUAGAAUGUCCAUUAGGCCUCCCUGUAUGGCCGUGUCGAUUCUGAACAAUAAAAUCUUCGACGUACGACAGUGAAAAAAAUUUGUAAAGGAUGCUGAGGGGAUGGGAAUUUUAGGGGUUAAUAAGUCUUUUGUUUGGCUGGAGGAGAUGAUGAGUUGUAGGAAUAACUGGAAGGUGGAGUUUGUGAGUAAAUUCCCACCUUUUUAAUAUAGAGGACUAUAAUUGGGAGGAAAGUCCCUUUCUGAGCUCUCUAAUUUUAGUUA